CUUCUGCCCCACACAAGCCACCUUGCAGGGAACAGCUAAUCCGCCUCUCUCACACUCAGUCCCUGGGUUUGCUUUGAGGGAUGGAGGAACAGCAGGACCCCUCUCCAUAGCUCUGGGGCUCACUCAGGUAGCCCCCCCGGGUCGGGAUCAAACAGCGUUGCCUGCUUGAGGGAGCCGGAGGAGAGAGAUCAUCUACAGACUCACCUGAAGGAGAGAGCAAAAGCCCGCCAGGCAGCCCCCAGAAGGACAGCCUCUGUCAUCGCUUGGAGAGGCACAGGACAUCAACAAGGGAGAUGACAACAAUCCCAGAGGCCAAUUGCUCCUCCUCCCCGCCAGUGCUCUCAGGGGAAACUUCAAUCCGCAACGCUGUGAAGGUCACCACCGGGGUGGUCUUCAGCUUCAUCUUCCUAGCUGGGGUCACUGGCAAUGGGGCGGUUCUAUGGGUCACCGGCUGGAAGCUCCGCUGGACGUCCAACACGGUCUGGUUCUUCAACCUCGCCUUGGCCGACCUGGUGUCCACCUCCAUGAUCUUAGUCACGGUGCUGAACUUGGCCCUGGACCUUCACUGGCCCUUCGGCUCGGUAGCCUGCAAGGUGGCCAACUGCCUCUUUGGGCUGAGCCUCUGCAGCGGUGUGCUGCUGCUCAGCUCCAUCAGCGUGGACCGCUGCGUCCUGGUGGUGGCCCCCGUCUGGUGCCAGAACUACCGCACCCCGCGGCUGAUGUGGGCAGCUUGUGGGGUCCUCUGGCUGCUCUCCUUGGCCUUCUUCGUCCCCAGCUCCUACUUCUUCUCCGAGGUCUCGGUGGAGAAGAACAACCGGAGUUCCUGCAACAACCUGGACGUCUUCCAGGACUGGCAGGAGGCCGAGGUGCUCACCAUCUGCAUCUUCCUCUACCAGUUUCUCCUGCCCCUCCUCAUCAUCUCCGUCUCGUACACCAUCCUGGUGGUGGCCAUGCGCAAGAAGAAACUCAACAAGUCCAGCAAGCCCCUCUUGGUGGUCACCCGAGUCGUCUUCUGCUUCUUCCUCUGCUGGCUGCCCUACCAUGCCCUUGCCUUGGCCAGGAUCUCAGUUGAUGUCGUGCCCGACAUGGUACGCCUAGUAGCCAUCCCGCUCUCAAAGUGCCUGGCCAUGUUCAACAGCUGCAUCAACCCGCUGCUCUACGUCUUUGUGGGACAGGAGUUCAAGGAUGCGGUGAGGAGGUCUCUGCUGCAGGUCUUCAGGUCGGCUUUUGAGGAGGCGCCCAUGGGCACCAAUGUCUGAAAGGAGGAACCCGGAAGUACUGGUCCAUUGGGAUCUUUCUUGGGUGGGAGCACGGAACGAGUUGCUUUCCGUUGCAAGUCAGGGCUAAUCAGGGUGCUCUUAGCAAGCUCUCCUCUGCAAGGAGGAGAGAACCCAUAAUCCCAGGGGAGGGCAAACCUGGCUCUCCACCUGUUGAACUACAACUCCCACCAUCCCUUACCACAAUUUUUUUAUUUAGCAAAUUUGUAUACCGCCCACUACCCAAGUCUCUAGGUGGUUUACAACGUUAAAACCAACCAAGAUUUUUAAAAACCAUUUAAAACUUAUUGAAGUUUUUUAAAAAAUAAAUAAAAUAAAUAAAUAAAUUUAAAUCAUAUAAAUGUAUUGUGGAGUUGUAGUUCGACAACAGAGAGAGGGCUGAGUGUGCCCAUCCCUGAAUUAGGCAAACCCAAGUAUACUGUGCUUUAAGAGGCCAAAUUUUCUGUGAUCUGAAUACAUUCUGAAAAUCAACAAGUUCUGUCUAUUUUUCUUGUAUUCCCCCCCCUUGCUUCAGCAAGCCAUAAAAGGAUUGAAUCCCCCACUUCUGAAAACUGUGAGUCAGCUUACUGUUGCUCUGGGAUCCUGAGGUUUUCUCCCCACGCCUUAAAUCAGUGUAAGACUACUUUUUGUCAUAGGGGAGAGAAACUUGAUUUACUUCUUUAAAAAAUAAAACAGAUUUACGUCUCAAGUUGACACACUUGUUUGUGCAGGGCGAGCACAAGAUUGCUGAAUAAUCUCUAGGGUAUCUUGGUCCUCCUCACCCAUGUAAAAUGCAACACUUACCCAGGAGUAAGCCCCAUUUAGCACAGUGACAACUGAUUUCUGAGUAAACAUGUGCAGGAUUGCAUUGUUAAGUUUGCCUGGCUGUGCAUUUUGUCUUCAGGGCUCUCUGCCUGGCUGAACCAUGUGCUGUUGCUAAGGAAAGGCACAUCUUUAGCUACAUUUUUCUUCGAUGCCAGAAAGCGGUUGGAGCAAGACUGAGACCCUUUGCUGUUUUCAGAAGAAAAUCUGACCUGCAUCUGCUAAUUUGGGUGAUGUGCUCAGUGGCAUUGCAGGCAGAAUAUGCCAGGUUCAGUUCUUGGCUUCUCCUGGUACGGCUGUGGGGAAAAGCCCUCCCUAAAAUCUUAGAGAGCUGUUACCAGUCAGUGUAGGACAGGCCUGCUCAAUUUUGGUACCCCAGCUGUUUUUGGACUAAAGUGCCGUCGAGUUGGUGGCGACUCCUGGUGACCACAGAGCCCUGUGGUUGUCUUUGGUGGAAUUCAGGAGGGGUUGACCAUUGCCUCCUCCUGCGCAGUAUGAGAUGAUACCUUUCAGCAUCUUCCUAUAUUGCUUCUGCCCAAUAUAGAUGUUUCCCAUAGUCUGGGAGACAUACCAGUGGGGAUUCAAACCAGUAACCUUAUGCUCCCUAGGCAAGUUACUUCCCCGCUGCCCUAUUAGGUGGCUUUUGGACUACAACUCCCAUAAUCCCCAGCCACAGUGGCCAAUAGCCAGGGAUUAUGGGAGUUGUGGGCCAUCAUCUGCAGGACGGCCAAAGCUGAGCAUCCCUGGUGUAGGAGGUCAGUGUCUUCUCUGAUCUAGUCACAACCUGUGUGCCCUCUCUGCACUCUUAUCUUUGUGCAGGCAACUGCGUGUGUGUCGCUUACGCCCUGUGAACAUCAUCCGACACAGAUGGCAGUUUGCCGAUUCCUUGAUCGCAGACUGCAAAACUGUGGCUGAAAAGUAAGCAUGUAGCCAUGUUUUGCAAUGAGGAUUUCCUUUUAUCAGUGAUCAGAUAAUUGGGGAUGAUGGCAGUUGUAGUUCAGCAACAGCUAGGAGCCCAGGUUGCUUAACCCAGGACAUCAUGCAUGUCAACUCCCAAAAUUGUUCUUGUCUUUAUGCCAUCUCUGGUGGGUUUUGAACAUUCUCUUUCAGGAGGAGUAUAAAUGCUCCCUCAGCACCACUUUCCUUCUCAAUUGCCCCUUCCCUCCCUUGCAAAGCAAGCCUCUGUGCAUACAUUUCAAUUACCAGUCAGAAUCUUGAUGGCUCUCUUGGAGGCUCCGUAACGCAAAACUGACACCUUGACAAAGCAGUUUAAUUUUGCCGACUCGUAAUACUGAGAUCUGAGAGUCCGGCAUGGCGCUACGAUACGAGAGCCAAUGGUGGAUCGCAGAAGAGCCCGUCAAGAUGGCCAAAAUGGGAGAAACUGUUUUAGCAAGCAGUGCCUUGGCUUGGAGAGAUGCACACGGAUUUCUCUCGUCUCACACCCCUUUCGUGUCAGAGAGGAGAGAAAGCCACACGUGCUUCUGCAUCACGCCUGUUGACACUGCAUUUUCUUCCCUAUGACCAACGCCUUGCUCACUUGCUCAGUGGACUAACUCCAGAAAUAAACAGAACCAGGUUGGUGGCCAUAGCUCCCCUUAGGGUUGGCACAUCACAACUCUGCCACCACCUCAGGACAGAAGGCACAGCAGCACCUGCAAAAACCUGCCCCAAAACUCAGCAUAGAUCUAAAGCUGCCAUUUUCCUUUCUGUCAUGGUUUUUAGCAGCAAUGACGCUAGGCCAGAUGUAGGACCUUAAACCUGAAGUUCUGCCUCAUCCCUCUUGCUGUACAGUGCAUAUGUUGGGGGGGGGGGGCAGAUGCUAUUUUAAUUCUUUCAGCAGACCUGCACAGAGCCUCCACCGCGAAGCCCAUGUUUCCUCCCAGAAGCCUUUGCUGCUAACACAUCUCCUUCACCUCUGCUAUGGCCCCACUGCCUUUUUCUGCCUUUAUACAGACCUUGACUGGACCAUCAGUGGUCCCUUUUGCCCUCAGUCUUGAUCCGCAGGAUUAUUCCACCAUUUAGGUCUUACUGGUACAGCCUCUUUCUGCCAGGAUCCCCCAGUGCCAGAGCGCACAACUAGGACAAGAAGUGUGGAGAAAUUCUCAGUUGUAUCUUUCAAUGUCAGGAUUGUCAUUUGCAUCUUGGAGGGAUCUCUGGCUCUUGUGUUCCAGCUCACUCUCUAUCUUGUAGAUAUAAUUUUGCCAAUCAAAAAAAAAAAAAUUGAUUAGCAGAUACAGGUGCCUUCCACCAAGUCAGACCAUUGGUCCAUCUACUCGUAACUCAGUAUUGUCUACACUGACUGGCAGAGGCUUCUCCAAGGUUGUAGGCAGGAGUCUCUCUCAGCCUUAUCUUGGAGAUGUUGCAAGGGAGGGAACUUGAGAUCUUCUGCAUGCAAGCAUUCAGAAGCUCUUCCCAGAGUAACCCCAUCCCCGCCGGCAGCAGGCCUGCUCAACUUCGGCUCUCUUGCAGAUGUUGGCCUACAACUCCCAUAAUUCCUGGCUAUUGGCCACUGUGGCUGGGGAUUAUGGGAGCUGUAGUCCAAAAACAGCUGGGGGGGGGCAAAGUUGAGUAGGCCUGCCCUAAAGGGAAUAUAUUACAGUGCUCAUAUGUAGCCUCCCACUCAAAUCCAGACCAAGGUGGACCCUGCUUAGCAAAGGGAACAAUUCAUGCUUGCUGCCACAAGCUUGCUACCACCGUCCUGGAGCAAAGCACCCAGAUGGACAAAGGCCCUUCACGUGUGGCACCACUCUCAUUCUGCAGUGGCCACAUCCAUACAACUUUGAUUUUUAACACACCCUUAACAUUUAGUCCUUGUUUCGAGGAUUGAUUAGGCUGUCAGUUGAACUGAAAACCAGUCUAGAUGUUUCGUUUAGUGAGGAGGUGGGGAGGGGAAGUUACCAGAAAAGCAAGGAGCCAACUUUUUAAGAAAAGCUGUUCACCUUUAGGGAAGAGACGGCAUUGAGGCAAGUUCUGCCUAGCAUCCAAGCUCUGUCCUGACUCCAGCCUCUGACUCUGACCCACCCAAUAUCCAGAUUUCCUCCCUCCAUUUCAAGAUCUGGCAACCUCACAUUUUAUUUUACAAUGCUAUGAAAUGUGGCCUCUAGAGAGGAUAGGUUGGGGAUUCUCGCCCUCCAUUUCGACUCGGUGAAAAAGAGAAUUGAAGCAUGUUAACGUCAACAGUAGCUUGUCCCCAGAACUGCACUCAGGUUGAAGGAUCUACAUCAGAGUAGAUCGCCAGCAACAGCCUCUGGUUCUAUGCCUUUUUGCCUUAUCGUGAAUUUUCUGUUUGUCUACUGUGAAUGGGAUGGCCUUUUGCCCAGAGCCUGACGGCAGCCAGGGGUUUGACAAGAACGCCUUAAUGUUUCUGUAAUAGUUGCCAAUGGUCCUGAUCAGUUGGAGUAAGAGAGAGAAAGAAUAGGGCUGUUCUCACAAUGGACAUUAGGGCAAAAACUUCCUAACCCAAGUUCAGGAGCUGGGUGCACUCUGGACUGGCCAUCAUAAGAAUUCUACAAGUGGAAUUCAGUAGGCAAGGUAGAGGCGGAAAAUCCCCUGCUCACUAAGCAGAGAGGCACCUUUAAAAAGUGGUGGUUCUCUUCCGUUUAGCAGGGGGAGAGCAACUGACCCUAUCCAUCCCCAGCACAGCAUCCCUCCAGUGGCUGUUGCUGGUGUAUUAUCUUAUGUCUCUUUUUUUAGAUUGUGAGCCUUUUGGAGCCAGGGAGCCGGCUUUAUUUAUAUCUAUAUAAAGCACUUUGAUAUAAAUAUUCAUAGUAGUAAUAGAAGGAUCGUCAGAUCUGGAAGCAGGAGGUGGGUGGCAAUGGUGAGCCCAGAACAUGUAUGCACCCAGCUCCAGUGUGAGGGUGGAGAAAAGGCACCCAUCUCGCCUCUGUACCCAUCUGACAGACAACCGUUUCCCCCCACCAACUCCAGCGUCGCCUGUAGAGUUCUCCUGAUGUUCAAUCUGGAGUGUGGGUAGGAGGCUACUCCAACCCUAACCCCGAUUGUGAGAACAGCCCUGGGGCAGGGGUGGGCAAACCUGCCCCUCCAGCUGUUGAACUACAACUCCCAUCAUUCCUGACCACAAUAAACUGUGGCCAGGGCUGAUGGGAGUUGUAGUUCAACAGCAGCUGGAAGGACAAUUGGCCCACCCCUGCACCCAUGCAGGCUCUCUCUCGGGUAGAGAGCGUGGCACUGCUGCUGUGCUGCUUGCCUCCGGAGACAAUCUGCUUGUAUAUUUGAAAAUAAAAGCCAUUGUUACAAUGCAGUAAUUGUUUCCAGUGCGCUCUCUCCUCUACACAAAGCUGAACCCAAGACCUGAGAACACAGCCCUGACGUCCUGCUUGAGUUUGAAAGGAUCUUCCAAAGACCUCCCAGUCACGGGGAAUUUAAGAGCUGGAUCCGGCCCAAAAGGACAUCUAGCCCAGCACCCCAUUUCCGGCAGUGGCCCACCAGACGGCACAAGCAGAUCAAGGAAUGCCCCCCUCUCCUGCCCUUGCCCCUGCCUCCACAGCUGGGGCUAGUCCUUACUGAUACUUCUCCUGGGAGAGCGGCUUCUUCUGCAUGAUCCACACGACACAUUAAGACCACCAUAGGAGGUCCAUCUCCAUCUCCCGCCAGCUUGUCUAAUGGUGAAUCAGGAGCAGGCCUGCUCCCUAUUGACAUUCAUGGCGUUACAUCUUCGCCAGCCUUUCAAAGAGCCCUGAAGACACACUAUUGUAGCCAGACUCUUGGUAAUCUCUGUAGGUUUUGAAUUUUUAAUUGCUGUCAUCUCUGAAUGUUUUACAUUUGUAGUAGUUGGCUUUAUUCUGUUUCUUGUGUGUUUGUUUUUGUGAACCACCUAGAGUCUUUAGAGUCAGGUGGUAGAUAAAUAAAAUUAUAAUUAAUU